AUGAGUUCAAUCGACGCUGGCGAGACUACAUUUACGGUUGAGAGUGCUCAUUCGUCCUUAUCACAGAGAUUGAUGGAUACACUUAAAACAAACCCUUACUUUAACGCGGGAGCGGGUUUGGCUGGUAUAGGUCUCGCUAUGGGUGCACUUCGCCGUGGUGCAAUUAUUGGAAACGCCUAUUUCAGGCGUAGGUUUAUGAUCUCACUCCAGAUAAAUAACGAAGACGCAGCUUACCCAUGGUUACUAGAUUUUAUUAAUAGACGGAGUGCUAGACAAACAAGAAAUCUUUCCGUUAAUACCUUAAUAUCUCAGUCAGAAAGUGGUAGAACUGCUAUGAAGAUUUCUUAUCUGCCUGGGCAUGGUCAGCAUUAUUUUGUACAUAGAUAUCGAUGGAUCAAAGUAGAGCGACAACGAGAAAAACAAACAAUUCAGAGGGACGGCUAUCGAACUCCUUUCGAAACGGUCACGUUAACAACGCUGGGAACAGAUACUACAUUCCUUAAGAACAUGCUUGAGGAGGCCUCACGAGAAGCCGUUGCUAAGACUGAAACAGGUCUUGUCGUGUACCAAGCUGUUGGUCCACAAUGGGUCCGUUUUGGGGCACCAAGGCGGAAAAGGGAUGUUCAUUCCGUCAUUCUAGAUGGAAACAUUGCUGAAGAUCUUGUGGAUGAUUUCCGAGAGUUCACAGAAUCUUCUCAAUGGUACACUGAUCGAGGAGUGCCGUAUAGACGCGGAUAUUUGUUCUAUGGUCCUCCUGGGACUGGAAAGAGCAGUUUUAUAUCAGCUUUGGCUAGUCAUUUCGGUUAUAGUGUUUGUAUACUUUCGCUUAGUGAACGAACUCUUGAUGAUGAAAGGUUAAACCAUCUUCUUAACACUGCUCCAGUUAACAGCGUUGUUAUCCUUGAAGAUAUCGAUGCCGCUUUCGGCAGUAGAGCGGAUCCAAUGGUAAAUCACCCUGCCUACCAGGGGAUGACAAGGGUUACCUUCUCUGGUCUUCUCAAUGCUAUAGAUGGUGUUGGGUCUGCAGAAGAAAGAAUACUAUUUAUGACAACUAACUAUGUAGAUCGACUGGAUCCCGCUCUGAUUCGUCCCGGUCGUGUGGACAAGAAACAAUUAUUCGGGAACGUAACAAGACGCAUGGCUGAAAAAAUGUUCAUUCGUUUCUAUUGCCUUUCUGAAGAUGAUCCGUUGUGUGACGAGUUCGUCGAUCAAGUGAUGUCCUUAGGAUCGGAAGUAUCUCCGGCACAACUUCAAGGCCACUUUCUUCUGUAUAAACAGUCACCUCGGAUAGCUAUUGAUCGAGUUGCCGAUAUCACUUCCAAUUUACGAUAA